AUGUCUUCCGCGAAGAUACAUCCCGCAAAGAAUUUCCACAUCUUCGGCAAGGGAAUUUCAUUCAGCGUCUCGCCCACAAUUCACAAUGCUGGUUUUGAACACCACUCUCUACCUUACAAUUAUACAAUUCGCGAGUCCGACAGUAUUGACGGGGUAGCCUCUCUGAUUGCAGAUGACCGUUUCGGCGGAGCAAGCGUCACCAUGCCCCACAAGCUGCAAGUCCAUAAGUUUUGCGAUGAGCAAACCGAAACAGUCAGGCUUAUUGGCGCCAUCAACACUCUGGUUGUGAAAGAAAAUGGCACUCGGCGCACGAUUACCGGCGACAACACCGACUGGUCUGGGCUGUAUAGCAUCAUCCUUUCGCACUCCAGAGAGAAGCAGCAGCAUCCCAGCGUCGGCCUAGUGAUUGGAGCUGGCGGAGCAUCACGAGCUGCCCUGUUCUCCAUGCACAAAGCUGGAAUCAAAAAGAUCUUCGUCAUCAACCGAACUCUGGCCACAGCCGAGAAAGUGAAGGAAGAUUUCAGUCAGGUAUUCGAUAUUGAAGUGAUCGAAACACUUGACACUAUUCCCGAGAAACCAGAUGUUAUCAUUGGCACUGUUCCCGCAGACACUACAACCGAAGGUCAAUUUGCCUCGUUGUUUGGGCCGCGGGGUCUCUGUAUUGACAUGUCAUACAAGCCAAGACAGACCCCACUCUUGACAGCGGCACAAAAGCAUCGAGACUGGGAUAGAGUGACGGGGGUGGAGGUGUUGCUCGCACAGGCGUUUGACCAAUUUCGACUUUGGACCAAGCUGGAGCCGCCAAAAGAAGUCAUGACCGAAGCAAUCCUUGCCCUUGAUAAGAAGAGAGCAGCUGUUGCUCAAGGAGGAAUGCUCUAG